AGUAAUGAUAGAGAGAAGGACACAAGCGUCCAGUAGUCUACCUCUCGACCCUCUGGUGACCGGGUCCUCGUCCACCUCCACCCUGGGAAAUAUCCCCCAAUAUGAAACUUUUUUGUAGCUUACUGCUGUUGCUGCUGUACCUGGCGGUGACGGGGAGGCCCAGCGACGCCCAGCUCCUGCAGCAGAAAGACGAUGUCUACCUUCAGGGCAACAGUGGAGGUGAUUCAGGACUGCAGCUGCAAGCAACAACGGACAAGAUAGACGCUACCUGGGACGCUCAGUCGGGCGCCAGUUCCUACAACGUCACCUGGACUCCCAAGGACAAUGGGACAGUCAUUGUCGACGAUGGCAGAAUCACCUACACUAUCACUAUCACAGAUCUUGUGUCGUGUACUAACUACACCGUCAAUGUCCUACCGAUAUAUAAACCCAAUGUAACCGAUGACGCUGGUCUUCUUACAUCAACAAUAAGAACACUUGCUCGUGACCCCUUCCCAGUCCAGAGGGUCACGGUGGACACAGUCCCCAACACACCAUCUCAGUUGUCCGUCAGUUGGCCUAAGGCCGAUUUACCAGACGGAGGGAAAUGUGCCAUAACCUACAGGAUUACCUGGAAGGUCACCAGUGGUGGACAAGGUCAGAAGCAAGAUACAACAAGUAAUCUAAAUUACACCAUCAAGGACCUGAAUGCCUGGACCAGCUACAACGUCUGUGUAGCGGCCACGACUAAUAAGACUUACAGUGAUGAUAAGUGCAACAACAGCAGGACAGACGAGGACAAGCCAGGAGAAGUAAGCAGCACAGUUCUGAAGACACUGAACGACUCGUCUCUACACGUACAGUGGACACCUCCAGAUAAGCCCAAUGGUGUCAUCACCCAGUACAUGGUCAAGUGGACCAAGGAGGGCGACACCAGUCAGGAUACCGUCACCACCCCCACCACCACCAGCUACAACAUCACCGGCCUGGCUCCCUGUACCAGCUACUCCGUCACCGUCACGGCUGCUACGAUCAAAGGCUUUGGUGUCGAGAGUGUCCCGAAAAGUGCUCCAACAGACAGUAUAGCUCCUGACCCGCCCACAUCACUAGGGGCAGUCAUGGUAUACAACAAGUCUGACAAACUGAGUGUCAACUGGACACACCCGGAUGAUCCAGGACCACUGUGUCCGGUCACCAGGUACAACGUCACCUGGUACCUGGCCAGCACCCAGGAACUGGUGGACCAGACGACCACCAGUGACACAACCCUCACCAUCAGUGACCUGGAAGCUUGGACCAGCUACACCGUCUGUGUGGCUGCUGCAACUGAGCAGAGCUCUAUAUAUAAAUAUGCUCCGCCGUCCUGCACUAACGCUACAACCGACCAAGACACGCCGGGGUCACCUUCGAACACUACGAUAGAAUCCCAUACCGGAGAGUCCUUGCUGGUGGUGUGGAGCCCGCCAGAGGAGCCCAGAGGAAUCAUAACCAACUACAGUGUCGCCUGGAGCCCACCGGACAGUGGUAAUGGUACGGAGGUUACUGUGGACGGCAGCAUAACACAGUACAACAUCACGAGACUUAAGUCUUGUGUCAACUACACCGUUACUGUGACGGCCGCCACUAUCAAGGGUUACGGGAAACAGUUUAACGUUACCAACACUACGGAUGCAUCUGCCCCGCCAUCACCGCCAGUGACUUGUAAGAAGGUCGACUCUCCUCGCCAGCUCACUGUCACCUGGUCUCCAGCCGACACACAGUGUACAGUAAACAGGUACAAGGUAGACUAUACCGGGGACGUCCUCUGGUCCGACGACACCAGCCACGACUCUAAAGAACUUCAAACAACAUAUGCAGACCUGGGUGACUUAACACCGUGGACGACCUACACUGUGUGUGUAGCAGCAGUGGUCGUUAAUGACAUUGUUGGUGCGUGGGACUGCUGCUCCUCUACUACCCUGGAGGAUGCCCCCGGGAAGCCAGCAGAGAUCAACCAAACCUCAUCCAGCACUAAAACCGUGACGUUAACCUGGGCUGGACCCGAGGAGAAGAACGGUGUCGUGACAGACUACCAGUUGGCCUGGGACGGCGGCCUCACCAACCUCACCGCCAACACCACCACCUACACCAUCUCAAACCUCCAUCGAAAGUCGCAGUUCACUGUUUAUCUGAAGGUGUCAAGCGAAGUCGUGGUCAUGACUAGGCUCUGUCUCUUCCUCCUCCAGGCGAGGACGGGGAAGGGCUGGGGGCCUUCUAUAUCAAUACCAGUGACGACGCUGAAGGGCGUGAGUGCUGGAGCCGUGGCGGGGGGCGUCGUGGGAGGCGUUCUGCUGGUGUCUGCCGCCGUCGCUGCCGUCGUCUACAGGAGGAGACUGAAGGGCAAGGAUGACAGCUCCAAGCACACCAGGAGGUCAGCCAUACCCAUGCCCAUGAUGCCCGCGGUGGUCAGGGCUUCCGACGGUGACAUCAAGAAGACCGACCUCCGCAAAUACAUACGAUACCUGGAGAGCGACACCGAGCGAGGGCUGGAGGAAGAGUUCGCCAGUAUUCAGCAGUUGAGUCCUCACAACGAGGCCACCACCGCCAACAGGGAUUACAACAGGAUGAAGAACCGCUUCAAGAACAUCUUUCCUUAUGACAACGCAAGAGUAAAAUUAUCCGUACUUGAGAAGCCAGGAUCAGAUUACAUCAACGCAAGUUACAUGAAGGAUAUAGAUCAGAAGCAGUUCUUCAUAGCAGCUCAGGGCCCCAUGCCCAGCACCACGGCCGACUUCUGGAGGAUGGUGUGGGAGCAGCGUGUCUAUGUCAUCGUCAUGCUCACUAACCUCUUGGAGAAGGGCAGGGAUAAGUGCGCCCAGUACUGGCCGAGGGUGAAUGAACCUUUCAUCACAGCCGGAAAGUUCACCAUCCGCAACCAUAACGAGGAGAGCAGAGUGAACCACGCAAUUCGCCUCCUCGAGGUGUCUUUAGGGAACCAGAAGCGCCUGGUGAAACAGUACCACUUCACCGGCUGGCCAGACUUCGGAGCUCCAGACAAUGUCAACUACCUGUUGGACUUCAUGGCUGAAGUUAGAAGGACCAUGCCCACCAACGGUGAGCACCUCCUGGUGCACUGUAGUGCUGGCGUGGGCCGGACGGGGACCUUCAUAACACUGUGGAACUUGAUGGACGGUGUUGACAGCAACAGGAUCGGGGACGUCAUUAACAUUAAACAGAUGGUGCUCGAUAUGAGACAGUAUCGUCCACAUAUGGUCCAGGCGUUGGACCAGUACUUGUACCUCUUCAAGUGCAUCGCCACCUACAUAGAGACGCCAUACAAGUGGACCAAGGAAUAUGCAGGCGUCGACCCCAUCUACGACAACACCUGCUACCAGAACGACGACCCCAUCUACGACAACAUGGAUUAGCACUCUCGCUGCUGCAAUAGUCGACCGCAUACGUCAUCGCAAAUUACCAUCAGUAUAAAUGUUAUACUCAAAAUGUUGACAUUCCUGGUAGCGAGGAAUGCAAAGCAGUGUAUUGUGUGUAUUGACACUGUGGUGGGUGGGUGUAACACUGUGGUGGGUGGGUGUAACACUGUGGUGGGUG